AUGCUCCCCUCCCUCAUCCGCCUGCGCUCCCCGCCCACCGCGGUCCCAGAACCCGAGGACUAUUUAUUCAGCGCCCUGGGCACGCUCUUCCCCGAUGACUGUCAAAAUAUGCAUGGCGUUGGCCCGGACACUGUCAUCCUCUAUAAAAACAGAAGGUUCGGGGAGCUGGAGCUGACUGUGGCCGACCCGAGUGGGGAGGAAGAGCGGAGGAAGUUUGCGCACUAUCUUUGGAAUGCGGGGGUGUUGAUGGGGGAGCUGGUGGGGGGAAGGAAGGGUGAUAAUGACGGGGAUGGGACGGAUAGUGGGGUGGAGGAGGUAAAUGAGGAUGACAUUGCUGGGUGGGGGACGGAGAGGUGGUGGGCUAGUGAGGAGGAGGAGAAGCUGUGGAGGGUAAAGGGAGAAACAGUUCUUGAACUUGGGGCAGGCGUAGGGCUCGCCGGGAUUAUCAGUGCUUUAGCUGGAGCUGAGGAGAUCGUCAUCUCAGACUAUCCAGCGCCGGAGCUGCUGGCAAAUAUCACCAAGAACGUUGAGAGUAAUGUUCCAAGCGAUCUACGCUCACGCCUCUCUAUCAAGGGCCAUGAGUGGGGAGACCUUGAGUCCCCGUUCUCGAAAGAGAAUGCUGGACGCUUCACCCGCGUACUAGCUGCCGAUUGCCUCUGGAUGCCGCGGGAACAUCACAGCCUGGCGCGUUCGAUGCUGCACUUCCUCUCGCCUUCUCCCGAUGCCCGUGUCUUCGUGAUUGCAGGUUUCCAUACUGGACGGGCGAAGCUAGCUCCGUUCUUUGAAGAGGUUGUGGGAGAGGAGGGUCUGGAGAUUGAGGAGAUAUACGAGAUGGAUGCUAACGGUGUGCGUAGGGAGUGGCGCGCCGAGCGUGACGGAGGCCUGGAGAACAUGGGGGAGAGAAAGAAAUGGCUUGCUGUUGCUCGACUGCGACGUCGACAGUAG